CUACGCGAACGAUAUCAACUCCCUGGACGGAUGCAAUCCCCCUUACGAUCUACUCCCGUAAUUCUCCUAACUAUCGGCUAAGAUUGGAGGGCCUAAAUUAACCGUACAGAAGAUAAAGCUUAAGCCUUUGUUUAACUAUAAUUUGUGUGGCUAAGAAAACAAGACAACCAACUUCUCUGUCUCUAUAAAUUGACCCCAUCCGGACCUGUCCCUUCUCAAGUCAGAUUUCUUGAAAGUGUUUGUCAGCCAGCUGUUGGGACUAAAUAACAAGCGUGUUAGAAUCUGUGUGUGAGACAGAGUUCCUGUCCAGCAAGUUUGAUGGUUGAGGUAGACCUCCAAAUUCCAAGUGCUUUUGAUCCCUUUGCUGAGGCCAAGGACUCGGGCGCCCCUGGCGCUAAGGAAUAUGUGCAUAUACGCAUACAGCAGAGGAAUGGGAAGAAGAGCUUAACGACUGUCCAGGGGCUGAGGAAGGAAUUCAGCUACGAAAAGAUUCUCAAAGAUCUCAAGAAAGAGUUCUGCUGCAACGGCACCGUUGUCCAGGACAAAGAGCUCGGCAAGGUCAUUCAGCUGCAAGGUGAUCAGCGCAAGAACGUCUCUCAGUUCCUCAUCAGUGCCGGUAUUGUGAAGAAGGAUCAGAUCAAGAUUCAUGGUUUCUAGGACUGCAAACAGAUUGUUGAUGUUGUUUUGGUUUUUUGUUUUGGAUACAUAAGUGUGGUGUCUGAAGAAGCCUACUGUCUCUGUGUGUGAUCCUUGUGGAAAAGAAAAAGAAGGGUUCUUGUCUUGUGUUUUUCUUUCUGGGAUUGAGUUUUCAGUCAGGCCCUUGAUGAUUUCAUGGGGUAUUUGGUGAACUGCAGUUGUACUUUUUCUUUCAAUAAUAUGUUUGAUAUCUAUUUAGCUAAGCAAAUGUCUCUGUUAUAUGUUGUCCUGAACUCUUGCAAUGAUCGCAUAGUUGUUUCC